CCGGGCGUCUGCGUCAAGAGGACACACUCCACUCUGCGCAAUUACGCGGACUCUUAACUGGCACAGUGAUCAGACAAAAACGAAAAAGGCAUUUCUACUGAACAAGACUGAAAUGGACUUUUAAUCACGACACCCUGAUAAUUUCGAGGACUUGCUUUGAACACUUCAAUGCAGUUUACGGCACACCAGCUGUGAAUGUUGUGAUAUGAUUUUUACGCGUGUGCUCUGAGCACAGCUUAUUUGUUUUAUAAAUAUACUUUUUCUUUUUAGGUAGCUUUCUUUCUUCUCUAAAAUUGGCUCCCGUACAAACAGCCGCGUUGGAUCCUUCGGCUUACUGCGAGACUCCGGUGUAUAACCCGGAUCUCUGCCCUAAUAUGAUAGCCGCCCAGGCAAAGUUGGUGUAUCACCUCAACAAAUACUACAACGAGAAAUGUCAGUCUCGGAAAGCAGCCAUCGCCAAAACCAUCCGAGAGGUGUGCAAGGUGGUUUCGGAUGUCCUGAAGGAGGUGGAGGUGCAGGAGCCCCGCUUCAUCAGCUCUCUCAGCGAGAUGGAUAAUCGUUUCGAGGGACUGGAGGUCAUUUCGCCCACCGAAUUCGAGGUUGUGCUCUAUCUGAAUCAGAUGGGAGUAUUCAACUUUGUGGACGACGGGUCCAUUCCCGGCUGCGCCGUCCUCAAACUCAGCGAUGGCCGCAAGAGAAGCAUGUCUCUGUGGGUCGAAUUCAUCACAGCCUCCGGUUACCUCUCUGCGCGCAAGAUCCGGUCGAGAUUUCAGACACUGGUGGCGCAGGCAGUAGACAAAUGCAGCUACAGAGAUGUUGUCAAAAUGGUCGCUGACACAAGUGAAGUGAAGCUGCGCAUUAGAGACAGAUAUGUGGUACAAAUCACGCCGGCUUUCAAGUGCACUGGCAUCUGGCCACGGAGCGCUGCGCACUGGCCCCUGCCUCACAUCCCCUGGCCGGGACCUAACAGGGUGGCAGAAGUCAAAGCGGAAGGUUUCAAUCUUUUAUCCAAAGAGUGCUACUCCCUGAACGGCAAGCAGAGCUCAGCAGAGAGCGACGCCUGGGUCCUGCAGUUCGCCGAGGCCGAGAACCGACUCCUUCUGGGUGGAUGCAGGAAGAAGUGCUUGUCUGUCCUCAAAGCGUUGCGAGACCGUCACCUCGAACUGCCCGGGCAACCACUGAACAACUACCACAUGAAAACCUUGGUUUCCUACGAGUGUGAAAAGCAUCCCAGGGAGUCGGACUGGGAUGAGAACUGCCUCGGCGAUCGCCUGAACGGGAUACUAUUGCAACUUAUUUCGUGUUUGCAGUGCAGAAGGUGCCCUCAUUAUUUCCUGCCCAAUUUAGACCUAUUUCAAGGAAAACCUCACUCUGCUCUAGAGAAUGCAGCCAAACAGACUUGGCGACUGGCGAGAGAAAUACUGACCAACCCCAAAAGCUUGGAGAAACUCUGAGGUAAAAAUAAAAUAUAUUAGUUCACCUCGUCUUAAAAAUGUUUUGAAGAGGCCUAAUGAGCUCCUAAACGGACACAAAAUAUUGCCAACCGAUUUGCAAGUCUUGUGAAAUGUGACUGUCCUCUGUUGUUAUGUUUUGGCCUAGCCUGUUUCAAGAUGAUUUGCUUUUUUAAAUAACAGCUUAGCUUGUCACUCUCCCCGUGCACCUUUUGGAGGUGUCAAUACUUAAAUUUAAAUUAUUGGCUAAUCCAGGAGGCCACCUCAGAAGUGGUUCCUUUCCUCUCCGUGUCACACGGUUGCCUAAAUCCUGCAUUUCCUCAAACGCUUUAGAAAAAAGCCCCGAGACAACCUUUGGAAAAACAAAAAAUCACAUCUGUACAUUUUAUACUGUAAAUACAUUCAUAGAUUGUGAUUCGAGUGGUCUGAAAUUGUGACUGUUGUUCUGUGACACGUAAAUAGGAUCCACCUGUUUAAAUCUACUUCUGAACUUUUUUUUCUUUAUCUGGUAGAAACGUUUUUAAUUUAUACUUGCAUCAGUGGUAGUCUGAUUCACCUGUUUCAAUGGACUUUUUCUAAUUUUUAAAAGUUUACAUUUUGAUGGUAGGCGUACGGCAUUUUGUUACAUUGAAAACAUUCCAUCGAUUUACUUGAAUUAUUAUUUAAAGUACAACCAUUUGAAUUGUUUUUCUCUACCGUGCUUAGGCCUACAUGAUUUAAAAAGAAAAGAAAAGAAAAUGAUAACAUAUAUAUAGUAUAAAUAUAUAUUACAGUUUAAUUGGAAAAAAAAUGCACUUGAAAUACACUGGAUUAUAACAUCUGUGAUCUGUUUUUUUAUUUCUGUCUUUGAUCUAAUUUAAAGAGCUAAUAAAACGAGCUGUUUUAUA